AUGUCUACAGAGGGGCAGAGAGUGGAUGAUAGUCCAAGCACUAGUGGAGGCAGCUCUGAUGGAGAUCAGCGUGAAGGUGCUCAGCAGGAACAAGAAAGGGAGCAAGUUCAACCCAAGAAAAAAGAGGGGAAAAUAUCAAGCAAAACAGCUGCUAAAUUGUCAACUAGUGCUAAAAGAAUUCAGAAAGAACUUGCAGAAAUUACAUUAGACCCUCCUCCGAACUGUAGUGCUGGACCCAAAGGAGACAACAUUUAUGAAUGGAGGUCAACUAUACUGGGGCCUCCAGGGUCUGUAUAUGAAGGUGGAGUUUUCUUCCUUGACAUAACCUUUUCACCGGACUAUCCUUUUAAACCACCCAAGGUAACGUUCCGGACAAGGAUCUACCACUGUAACAUUAACAGCCAAGGCGUCAUCUGCCUGGACAUUUUAAAAGACAACUGGAGUCCAGCAUUAACCAUUUCUAAAGUUCUCCUCUCCAUCUGCUCCCUCCUCACAGACUGUAACCCAGCUGACCCCCUGGUUGGAAGCAUUGCCACUCAGUACAUGACUAACAGAGCAGAGCAUGACAGAAUGGCCAGACAAUGGACCAAGCGAUACGCCACAUAGGAACCUCCUCUAGGAUUUGCUGGACCUGUGCAAGCACAUUCACUAAGUGCAUCAAUAGCCCUUCCCUUCAUUCUUAUUUUUUAUUAAAUUUUGAACCAUUUUGUGACAAAAGGUUGUCCUUACUUCCUUAUUUGUUUCAUUUUGGUUUAUUUUUAUUUGUUCUGGGGUUUUUUUGUUCUGUUAACUUGAAAGUUGUUUCCCUCAAAUGUAGACAGGGAAUUUUGGUUAUCAGUGCAAAGAAUGUUGGAUCUGUAAUAGUAUAGAGCUUUAUCAGAAAGCUUUGUAUUAAUGUGUGGGGUUGUUUUUUGGUUUUUUUUUUCCUUUCAUGUGGUUUUGGGGAAAACAAACAAAUUCAGAAUUAUAUCUCAUUUCUACUUAAAUGUAGUGUUUAGGGUUAUUUUUUUGUACUGAAGUCUUUAAUGGUGGGUGCAUGCUACUGGGAACAAGUUUUGUAUAAAAGCUUAAAAUCAAGAAUCACUGUGCAUUACUAAGACUGUGUUUAUCACUAGCCUUCUGUUUCCCACACAAAAGGCUAUUGCAUUGAACAAAUUAAUAUGUAUUUUGAUUUACUUAAAAAAACAAAAAAAAAGUGCUUGUAAAUUUCUUAGGGACCUGCCACUUUUGACUGUGGAUCAGUUGAUGUACACUUGUAUUAUUAAAGCACUCAAUAAAACACUGUGGCUGAUAAAUGCACUUCUUGCAGGAUGAUGCUUUUGCGUUUAUACAGCGUAGGCUGCUUAGUCCUCACGUAAUACAACUGCAGGUUAAAAAACUAUUUUAGACCUGAACUAUUCACUUCUUCUCAACAAUGCAUUU